CUGCAUGUUGAGUCCUGCCCUGCUCUUUUCCCACAUCAUACUCACAUGUCGCUGUGGAGCGGUGAGAGACUGAGUGCGCGUCCUCCCCCUGUCCUCCUCCGGCCGUGGGAUCCCUUCUGUCGUUGAGGUUUCACUGGAUAUUUACACGCUUUUACAGACUGGCUCUCAUCGCCUCCUAGUGCGCAGCCCGGGCAUUGAAAACGUCUGAUUUUUGGUGGAAAAUUUCUCAAACCACAGGAAAUCCUACUUGAUAGCUUCAAAAGGAGCACUUUUUGCCUCUACAUACAACAGCUGACUGCCUCUGUCUUUUUAAAAAAACAAAAAAAACAAAGAAGGAAAUGCACAACCAGAGGACUAUAUGACACCUUCUCUGUGGAUCUAAUCAUCAACUCAGAAAAGAAAAAGGCAUCUACCCUCUGGAAGCUCCAAAUAAUGGCCACAGAGACUUUCCACGCUGCCUAUGCUGCUGAGCACCCGUCAGCAAUGCCCGUGUCCCCUUCCGAAGGGAAUCUGCUUCGGAUGUUUCGCGCGUACCAGAGCAAUGAAGUCAUCAUUGAGCAUUACAACUACACAGGCAAACUGAAGGAGAACAAAUACAAGGAAGGACUCAAACCAGAGGCCAUAGCUUUCCUGCUCGUGUGCCUGCUUAUAGUUGUAGAAAACGCAGUGGUGCUUGUGGCGAUCUGGAAGAAUAAGAAGUUCCAUCUGCCCAUGUACUACUUACUGGGCAACCUGACUCUAUCUGACCUGCUCGCAGGCUUCACUUACAUGGUAAACAUCAUCAUGUCUGGUGCCAACACAUUAUACAUGACCCCGGUGCUGUGGUUCCUGAGGGAGGGGGGUGUGUUCAUCAUGCUUGCCGCCUCCGUCAUCAGCCUGCUGGCCAUUGCCAUUGAGCGCCACGUGACCAUGGUGAGAAUGAAGCCGUACCAGGGGGACAAACAGGGGCGAAUGUUUGCUCUGAUUGGAGCGAGCUGGGUGCUGUCUGUGUUCUUGGGCAUCCUGCCGGUCCUGGGCUGGAACUGCAUGGGGCAGCUGGACCAGUGCUCCACAGUCCUCCCGCUCUACGCCAAGAGUUACAUCCUCUUCUGUAUCACCAUCUUCAGCGCCAUCCUCAUGUCCAUCGUGGUGCUGUACGUCCGCAUCUUCCGCAUUGUCAAGUCCAACACCCAGCGCCUUGGCUCAGUCCCACAGCGCAAAGGCCUCUACCGCAAGUCCCAGAAGUACAUGGCCCUGCUGAAAACGGUCACCAUAGUCCUUGGGGUCUUCAUCGCGUGUUGGCUGCCCCUCUUCAUCCUCCUCCUGCUGGACUUCUUCUGUCCAGCCAAAAGGUGUGAGGUGCUCCUGAAAGCGGACUAUUUCCUGGGCAUCGCUAUGUUCAAUUCCCUUCUUAACCCCAUUAUCUACACCCUGACCAGCAAGGACAUGAGGAGGGCCAUCCUCAGGCUGCUCUGCCGACCCUGCCUCUUAACUAAAGACGGACAGGUGAAGAAGAUUGGGAUGGCCUUCCUGGAGUGCAGCACGAGUAAGACUGAUGCGGCCUCUCACAGACUGGAGGGACUGGAGACGACAGUAUCCUCUGGUAACUUAACACCCUCUACUAUCAAGGCCAUUUACCCCAGGAUGUCGAAAACAUGACACGGUGGCUCACUUAACACUGAGAGCAUUCAGACUCGGACUACUGUCACAGCCAGGCUGCUUCUCUCCAGUCUGAGUUGCAUAAGUGUAAACAUGUAUGACAGGAGCUGAAGAUUUGUGUUGCACUAAAAGUUAAGGUAUUAAUCUUCAUGGAAUAGAGCAAGCUCUAUGUAUGUGAUAGAUGUCCAAACUGGGAGAAAGACAUUCACUUUUUCAACUUUAUGUACAUGUUUUCCAUUACAGCUCAAUCAUGAAAAACAGGAAAUGUCAAUGCAUUAAUAGUAGCUGGCAGUUUCUUGUGAAAAACCGCAUUACAUUUGUCUUUUAGACAUUAAAAACAAGGCCAGUAUUUGUCAAGGGACUCCCCUUCUGGAGUUUGAUUUUUUUAUUAGUGUUUGCUUUUGCACCUAAAAUGAAAUCAAAGACUGUGUGCAGACGCUUCACAUAAAUACUUCCAAUCAUGCUGCACAUCUGCUACACCGUGGCCAAAGCCCAAACAUGAGAUUUAUCCUUAUCUCCUCUCCCUGUGUAGCAUAUAAUGAUAUGUUGUUACAAACACAGAGCAUCCACACCCAAACUCGGCUGCCAAAACCAUGUAAUUUCUGCCAUGUGAGUUUUGGUCAGCAGUAAUUCUGGGCAGAGGUCCUCUCGGCCGAGAUCAGAGGCUCAGCGGGCUGGAGACGCACUAAACACGUCAUAUGGAGGGUUGGUGCUGAGCGGUUUGCAGCUUUGGAGGUCCCUUCGACAUAUGUAGCGACACAUGAUGAAUGACUAAAAGCAAUAAAGCUGACAGUGGAGGUUUGUUGACGCCUUUUUGGUCCAAAGAAGUAGAACAUCACAGAGAUAUGAUACAGUAAAGCUUGUGGACAAUAAGAACAAAAGACAGAAGAGUCUUUUUCUUUUUGGAGAACAUUCAUCAUGAAAUUAUAUUAAUACAUUUUUCUUGUGAGAAAGCGCAGCUCUAAUCUUGUCCCACACGGCAGAAAUCUGUUAAACCCACACACAAAGAGUGUUUGGGCUUCAAAGUGAGGGGGAAUUUCAUUGUAGUCAUAAUGACACAAAACCAAAUAUUAUUGUACAUAAAUGUAAAGAGAAAAAUUUAUUUACUGACUUUUUUUUAGUAUUCUUUGUAAAUAUCUGUAGCCUUUUCUAAUCUCAUCAGAACUGCAUUUUGUAUUGUAAAAACCCCACUUAAGUUAUGAUGCCAGUUUUAUAUCUGCACUGAAUAAAACAUAUGUGAAUGAUGUUUA